ACAAAUGUCCUUGAUUUCUUAAUAGAAAUGGGAGAUUAACUUUUUGCGUUUUCUAUCUGAGGUCACCCCAUCCAGGGAAGGUCAACCAAUAGAGGUGAAGAAAUAAUCUAUUGGGAAGAAAUAAUCUAUAGGAUUGAAAUAAUCUAUUGGGAAAGAAAUCAUCUAUUGGGAAUAAAUCAUAUAUUGGGAAGAAAUAAUCUAUUGGGAAAUAAAUCAUCUAUUGGGAAGAAAUAAUCUAUUGGGAAGAAAUAAUAUAUUGGGAAGAAAUAAUCUAUUGGGAAGAAAUAAUCCCUCUUUUCCAGAGAAAUCUUUUGGGUUUUGCUGCCAUGGUCACAACAAAAUAGCGUCGCUGAGUUUCCACCGGGAGGCAAUGUUUUGAAAGGUCUCUCUCCUUCUCUUCUUCUUCUUCGUAUUUGACAGCUAAUCAAAAUACUGAACGCAUUUCAUAAGAAAUAUCGACUUUUACCUGCUAUGUUGUUGUUGUUGUUGUUGUUGUUGUACCUGUUGGUUUGCCUGUCUGCGAUGCGAUGGUGUCCAGACCAAAGGCUAAUGCUAGUUAGUUAAGUAGCUAUAAACGCGCUAGUUAGCUAGUUAAGUAGCUAUAAACGCGCUAGCUAGUUAGUUAAGUAGCUAUAAACGCGCUAGUUAGCUAGUUAAGUAGCUAUAAACACGCUAGCUAGCUAGUUAAGUAGCUAUAAGCACUCUAGCUAGCUAGUUAAGUAGCUAUAAGCACUCUAGCUAGCUAGUUAAGUAGCUAUAAGCACUCUAGCUAGCUAGUUAAGUAGCUAUAAGCACUCUAGCUAGCUAGUUAAGUAGCUAUAAGCACUCUAGCUAGCUAGUUAAGUAGCUAUAAGCACUCUAGCUAGCUAGUUAAGUAGCUAUAAGCACUCUAGCUAGCUAGUUAAGUAGCUAUAAGCACUCUAGCUAGCUAGUUAAGUAGCAAUAAACACUCUAGCUAGUUAGCUAUUUAAGUAGCUAUAAGCACUCUAGCUAGCUAGCUAAGUAGCAAUAAACACUCUAGCUAGUUAGCUAUUUAAGUAGCUAUAAGCACUCUAGCUAGCUAGUUAAGUAGCAAUAAACACUCUAGCUAGCUAGAUAAGUAGCUAUAAGCAUGCUAGCUAGUUAGAUAAGUAGCUAUAAACACUCUAGCUAGUUAGAUAAGUAGCCAUAAGCACUCUAGCUAGUUAGAUAAGUAGCUAUAAGCACGCUAGCUAGCUGCCAUGGGAGAAAGCAGUCCGCCGUCUCCGACGCUGCACUUGGAUCUGGACAACUUUGAUACGACGGACGCCGAGGACAGCACGUAUGUUUUAACCAGUCCGCGGUCGUUGGAAUCAUGUGCAAGACUCGGCGUCAAACCCGUUCAACUUUUAAUAAAAUCUCUAAGCGAUUUCGUUGAUGACAACGUAAACCCAGAUAUCCCGUUUAAGGCACUGACAGUUCUGUACGAGGCGUACGAAAAGGAAGGCAGGGGGAUUUUGCAGCUGUGCCGUGAAGAGAGAGAGAAGAUUGUUUUAGAAACGAAAGAAAGACGACCGUCUCUUAAACUGUCUGCCCUCGAAACUGUCGUCGAGGUAGAAAGUCGGAACUCUCUCGAAGAUCCCAAAUCAAGAGAGGACUCCUGUGAUGGUUUGAGAACGCAAACUAAUCAAUCUGUGGACCACAGCCCCAGAAGGAAAUCUGUGAGCAAUGGCAGGUCCUCUUAUUCUGCUGCGAUCACCAGACAACAAAACAGAAACAGCUUGAGACCAACUGACAAGAACAUGAUGGUGUCCAGCCUAAGUCUUGGUGACCUCCGACACUCCCCAGCCACAGAAAGACAGUUGGAGAGGCUCACUCGAGACGUCAGGAAGAAGAUGAAUGUCACAGUCCCAGAGAAAGACCGUAAGAUAGCAGCUCUGAUGUUGGUGAAGCACCAAGAGAAGCAGACCAGGCUGAUGCUGAGCCAGCAGGAGGAGCAGGAGAGAGAGGAGGCCCGGAGGCAGGAGGAGGUGCGACGGGUCCAGGCGGAGCGCAGGAGGAAGAAGGAGCUGGAGAAGAGCAUGCAGCGGUGGCAGGUUGGGCUGGAGGUGCGGAGGAGGCAGAAGGAGCGCCAGGAGAAGGAGUUGGCCGGUCAGCGCGAGCAGGAGGUGCUACUGCAGGAGGAUCGCUGGAGGAGGCUCACAGAGGAGCAGGAGGUGCGGAAAAGAGACAAGAAAGAGAUGGCGAGGAGAGAAGCGGAGGAGCGCAAAUGCCUCCAGGAGCAGCUGCUCAAAGACAUGGAGCGUCUGGAGCAGGCAGGGAGAGAGAAGGAGGUGCAGCUGUCGCAGGAGAAGGAGCAGAGGGCCAGGAGGAGCAGGGUGAUCCGAGAGAGGAGAGAGAGGAAGAGGCUCCAACAAGAGAACCAGGGGGAACAUCUCAGAUGCCUCCUCCUGAAGCGGGAGGUGCAGCAGCAGUUGGAGGAGGAGGAGGCGCUGAUGAAGAGUGCCCUGGAGGAGAAACUCCAGCGCUCCUGGGAGAAGAGGGCCCAGGCAGUGGCGUUGCGCCUCAGGGAGCUGCAGGAGAGAUCGGCCAGGGAGGAGGAGCAGAUCCAGAGGGCCCAGCUCCGAGCCUCCUGGCACAGCCAACAGCAGCUCAGAGAGAAAGAGGUACUGGCCCAGCUGAGUCAGCGUCGUAUGGAGCAGGCAAGCCAGAACGCUCACACCCAGAGGAGGAGCAGGGCACAGAGGGCACAGCAGGAAAACAUGGAGAGACUCCUUUGCCACCAGCGCCUCCUAGACAGUGUACAGAGAGAGGAGGAGACUGAGAGGCAGCUGAGAGAAUGCUGCCUCUCCCUGAAGGAGCGUCGGAGGGAGCGUCUGCAGAGGCAGAGAGAGGAGGUGCAGGAGGAGGCUCGUAGAGUGGCUCGCGCCUCCUUCCAUAUGAGGGAGAAGGUGAGGGAGGCGACAGACGGCAGGACUUUCCACCAGAUGGCUCUGCAGGCUCAGCUAGCUGCCUCCCUGCUGGACCGUGGACAAAUAUGAACAUUCAUCUGUGUUUUUACAUUCAGCACGACACACAAAUACUAAGAAUCGUACAGUAUUACAAACCACUACACACAAAUACUAAGAAUCGUACAGUAUUACAAACCACUACACACAAAUACUAAGAGUAGUAUUACAAACCACUACACACAAAUACUAAGAGUAGUAUUACAAACCACUACACACAAAUACUAAGAAUCGUACAGUAUUACAAACCACUACACACAAAUACUAAGAAUCGUACAGUAUUACAAACCACUACACACAAAUACUAAGAAUCGUACAGUAUUACAAACCACUACACACAAAUACUAAGAAUCGUACAGUAUUACAAAUAACUACACACAAAUACUAAGAGUCGUAUUACAAACCACUACACACAAAUACUAAGAGUCGUAUUACAAAUAACUACACACAAAUACUAAGAAUCGUACAGUAUUACAAAUAACUACACACAAAUACUAAGAGUCGUACAGUAUUACAAAUAACUACACACAAAUACUAAAAAUCGUACAGUAUUACAAAUAACUACACACAAAUACUAAGAGUCGUAUUACAAACCACUACACACAAAUACUAAGAAUCGUACAGUAUUACAAAUAACUACACAAAAAUACUAAAAAUCGUACAGUAUUACAAAUAACUACACACAAAUACUAAGAGUCGUAUUACAAACCACUACACACAAAUACUAAGAAUCGUACAGUAUUACAAAUAACUACACACAAAUACUAAGAGUCGUACAGUAUUACAAAUAACUACACACAAAUACUAAAAAUCGUACAGUAUUACAAAUAACUACACACAAAUACUAAGAGUCGUAUUACAAACCACUACACACAAAUACUAAGAGUCGUAUUACAAAUAACUACACACAAAUACUAAGAGUCGUAUUACAAACCACUACACACAAAUACUAAGAAUCGUAUUACAAAUAACUACACACAAAUACUAAGAGUCGUAUUACAAACCACUACACACAAAUACUAAGAAUCGUACAGUAUUACAAAUAACUACACACAAAUACUAAGAGUAGUAUUACAAACCACUACACACAAAUACUAAGAGUCGUAUUGCAAACCACUACACACAAAUACUAAGAGUAGUAUUACAAACCACUACACACAAAUACUAAGAAUCGUAUUACAAAUAACUACACACAAAUACUAAGAGUAGUAUUACAAACCACUACACACAAAUACUAAGAAUCGUACAGUAUUACAAACCACUACACACAAAUACUAAGAAUCGUACAGUAUUACAAAUAACUACACACAAAUACUAAGAGUCGUACAGUAUUACAAAUAACUACACACAAAUACUAAAAAUUGUACAGUAUUACAAAUAACUACACACAAAUACUAAGAGUCGUAUUACAAACCACUACACACAAAUACUAAGAGUCGUAUUACAAACCACUACACACAAAUACUAAAAAUCGUACAGUAUUACAAAUAACUACACACAAAUACUAAGAGUAGUAUUACAAAUAACUACACACAAAUACUAAGAGUCGUAUUACAAACCACUACACACAAAUACUAAGAAUCGUACAGUAUUACAAAUAACUACACACAAAUACUAAGAGUCGUAUUACAAACCACUACACACAAAUACUAAGAAUCGUACAGUAUUACAAAUAACUACACACAAAUACUAAGAGUAGUAUUACAAACCACUACACACAAAUACUAAGAAUCGUAUUACAAAUAACUACACACAAAUACUAAGAGUAGUAUUACAAACCACUACACACAAAUACUAAGAGUCGUAUUACAAACCACUACACACAAAUACUAAGAGUAGUAUUACAAACUACUACACACAAAUACUAAGAGUCGUAUUACAAACCACUACACACAAAUACUAAGAGUAGUAUUACAAACCACUACACACAAAUACUAAGAGUCGUAUUACAAACCACUACACACAAAUACUAAGAGUAGUAUUACAAACCACUACACACAAAUACUAAGAGUCGUAUUACAAACCACUACACACAAAUACUAAGAAUCGUAUUACAAACCACUACACACAAAUACUAAGAAUCGUACAGUAUUACAAAUAACUACACACAAAUACUAAGAGUAGUAUUACAAACCACUACACACAAAUACUAAGAAUCGUAUUACAAACCACUACACACAAAUACUAAGAGUAGUAUUACAAACCACUACACACAAAUACUAAGAGUAGUAUUACAAACCACUUCACACAAAUACUAAGAGUAGUAUUACAAACCACUUCACACAAAUACUAAGAGUAGUAUUACAAACCACGACACACAAAUACUAAGAGUAGUAUUACAAACCACUUCACACAAAUACUAAGAGUAGUAUUACAAACCACGACACACAAAUACUAAGAAUCGUACAGUAUUACAAACCACUACACACAAAUACUAAGAGUAGUAUUACAAACCACUACACACAAAUACUAAGAGACGAGUACAAAUUGAUAGGGCCCGGUCCAGAUAUGAGCUACAACAAAGCUCGUAAAAUGGCCUGGGCUGUUUUGCUACAUUCAUGUUUGUUAUGCUAAUACCUGAGAUUCUUGUCAUUCUUCCAUUGGCAAGUAAAUACGAGGUGCUCCUUCAGAUCUAUUGAGGUACUCUACAACGUGUUUGUAUUGCUGUGUAAGGGAAUAAUUAGCUUAGACUAGUUUAGGUAACUUGCUGAUAUCAAUUUGACUUGCAGACAAUCCUGGUCUUGAAUGUAGGCCGGAACUAGAUUUUAACUACACACAUAAAAUAUACCGUCUCUGGGAAUAGUUAUGGUAUAGUAAAUAUGUACUGUAGUUCUACUGUAGUUGUACUGUAUUUCUACUGUAGUUAUACUGUAUUUCUGUAGUUAUACUGUAUUUAUACUGUAGUUCUACUGUAUUUAUACUGUAGUUCUACUGUAGUUGUACUGUAUUUCUGUAGUUAUACUGGAUUUAUACUGUAUUUCUGUAUUUAUACUGUAGUUCUACUGUAUUUAUACUGUAGUUGUACUGUAUUUCUGUAUUUAUACUGUAGUUCUACUGUAUUUAUACUGUAGUUCUACUGUAGUUCUACUGUACAUUGUUACUGUAGUUUAAAUGGGAUCUUUUUUUUCAAGAUCAUUUUUCAGAUAUAGAGUUUGUAUUUCUUAUUAAAGUGUCAAAACUAUUGUAUAGUUGCUCAGGAAAUGUUUAUACACUUUAUUCCAGUAUUUCUCUAGUGAUUUAUUUGUUGUUGUAACAUCUAGAUCCUGAAAAUGUAUUUUUUCUUACAUCUUUAAUAAAGAUUUUCUCGUGUAAAUGUGAUCUCUGCUGUCCUGUUACAGAACAUCUCUUAAUGCUGUGUCGUCCGACUAGUGCAGAAUCUCUUGGUAACAGUACUGUGACGUGGUAUUGUCCCUGACCCGUGACAGUACAAGCUGUCGGUGACAGCUAGUGACAGCUAGUGACAGCAAAAUCUCACAUCGGAAUAGAACAGACAUAUUCAAAAACAAUCUAGCUUUAUUAUCAACAAUUUACAUGUCAUACUAUUUUAUAUAUUAUUUUCAGGGAUAGUUAUGAUAAAGUAUUGAUAAAAAGUUGUUUUCCUCUAGCCUGGGUACCAGUCUGUUAAGAUAACAUUCCUCUAGUCUGGGUACCAGUCUGUUUAGAUAACAUUAAUCUAGUCUGGGUACCAGUCUGUUAAGAUAACAUUCCUCUAGUCUGGGUACCAGUCUGUUUAGAUAACAUUCCUCUAGUCUGGGUACCAGUCUAUUUAGAUAACAUUAAUCUAGUCUGGGUACCAGUCUGUUAAGAUAACAUUCCUCUAGCCUGGGUACCAGUCUGUUAAGAUAACAUUCCUCUAGUCUGGGUACCAGUCUGUUUAGAUAACAUUAAUCUAGUCUGGGUACCAGUCUGUUAAGAUAACAUUCCUCUAGUCUGGGUACCAGUCUGUUUAGAUAACAUUACUCUAGCCUGGGUACCAGUCUGUUUAGAUAACAUUACUCUAGUCUGGGUACCAGUCUGUUUAGAUAACAUUCUAGUCUGUUUAGAUAACAUUCCUCUAGCCUGGGUACCAGUCUGUUUAGAUAACAUUCCUCUAGCCUUGGUACCAGUCUGUUUAGAUAACAUUCCUCUAGCCUGGGUACCAGUCUGUUUAGAUAACAUUACUCUAGUCUGGGUACCAGUCUGUUUAGAUAACAUUCCUCUAGCCUUGGUACCAGUCUGUUUAGAUAGCAUUCGUCUAGUCUGGGUACCAGUCUGUUUAGAUAAC